GAUACACGUCCCUGCUGGAGAUGAUGACUAAAACGAAUAUCCUACGUAGACUACAAACAAGAGGAGAGCGCGUGCCACUAACUUCCUCACAAUUUCUCAAACUCUCAGAGAACAUAGAGGGGUAUAAUAUAUCUAAACAACAGUGUGGUGAUAUUGAGAAAUUAUUGUAUAACCUAGAUACAUUAUUUUAUCGAAGUCAUCGUCACCUUGCCGUUUCCAGUUUUCAUCUUGUCAAUCUACUGCGCGCGAAUUCACAGACGAUAGUUUAAGUGAAUACUUUUCAGGUUACUUUGUCUCAGGACCAAGUAUGCAAGUGUUGGGCCAGCAGGCUGGUGCUAACCUCUGGGUCACCUGUAGUCCCAUGGUGGUCCAGAGCCUGUGUUCAGUGUCUCCUGUCACGAGUCAGGCCUACACCUCUGGGCCUCUGGUACCACACCACCAACCCCCACAAGGCCUGGUGGUACCUUACACAGAUGCCAGGUCCUUGCUCUCCAGAGAGUCCCUGGCAUCCACCACCCUGAGCCUAGCAGAGACCCAGUCAGUUCUGAGUGGCAGACAGGAGUGGCCCUAUGGCUACCCGGUCCUUCCUCCACUCUGCCCACAACAGGGUUCCACCCAGGCCAGCAAGGGGGGUGAGCUGCUCAGCCUGCCCCCUGGCACUGCCAUGUCUGGGGGCACCAGCAUCUCCAACUCUGCCUCCCUGCCCUCCUACCUGUUUGGGGGAGAUGCCAACAGCCCCCGGCAGUACUCAGCCCACUCCAAAAAGAAGGCCCUCUCCAUCUCACCUCUGUCAGACAGCCAUGGCCUUGACUUCAACUCCAUCAUCCGUACCUCGCCCACCUCGCUGGUGGCUUACAUCAAUGGCUCCCGGAGCUCUCCGACCUCCCACCACACCCUUUCACCCCUCCAGCCUGAGGUCUAUGGCCACUUCCUGGGGGUGAGAGGGAGCUGUAUCCCCUAUCCUCAGACUUCAGGCCUCCUCAGCCUACCAGGCUCCACGCUCGCUCUGACCCCACUGAGUGACCCCAAACCUGGAUUGGAGUGUGGCCGCAUGCAGAGGCUGGAGCAGGGCGGGGCGCUGGAGAGCCAGAUGGCUAAUAUGGUGGUGGAGCAGCAGUGUCUCCCAGAGGAGGGAGGGACACCACAGAGGGCUGCCAGUAACACUAAUGACCUGGUGCCAUCUCUACACUUUCAGCUAGAGUUGGCCACCAUCAUCAGAUCAGAUAGUCCACCGCAGGGCCCCCCACCUCCUUACCACUCUCACUACCAGCACCGCCAACUCCAAAGACCCCCUAGCCACAUCCAGGGUCAGGCCCAGUCCCAGGGCCCUGUCUCUCAGCCCCCCCCAGCUCCCCCUGGGCAUGGGACCAGCCUCGUGCCCCAUCCCCUGUCCCUCUUCCCCAUGCAGGAGGAAGAGGAGGGGGAGCUGGAGGACUACAGUGGGGGGCACUGCUGCCGCUGGGUGGACUGCAGUGCUGUGUAUGACCAAAAGAAGGAGCUGGUUAGGCACAUAGAGAAGCGCCAUGUGGACCAGCGGAAGGGCGAAGACUUCACCUGCUUCUGGGCGGUGUGUCCACGCAGGUUCAAGCCGUUCAAUGCCCGCUACAAACUCCUCAUCCACAUGAGAGUCCACUCUGGAGAGAAACCCAACAAGUGCACGUUUGAGGGCUGUCAGAAGGCUUUCUCUCGGCUGGAGAACAUGAAGAUCCACCUGCGCAGCCACACUGGAGAGAAGCCUUAUAUAUGCCAGCACCCCGGCUGCCACAAAGCCUUCAGCAACUCCAGCGACAGAGCCAAGCAUCAGCGCACACACCUGGACACGAAGCCGUACGCGUGUCAGAUCCCUGGUUGUGUAAAGCGCUACACUGACCCCAGCUCCCUGCGCAAGCACAUCAAAUCCCAUUCAUCCAAAGAGAGGCAGUUUAGGAAAAAGCUGAGGUCAUCAAUUGACAUGAGCCAAGAGACAUUAACGGACUGUCUAACCAUCCAACCCCUGCUACCCAGCCUCUCUCCUCUGGACAUGAUUAACAGCAAGCUGGGCCAAUCACCAAUACCUUCCCUAGAUCUCUACACAGAUCUGCUGACCAGUGGGCAGUCUAGCCACUGUGUGUCUCUAUCCAUCCCUUUUCCUCCAGCUGUUCCACAGGGCCAACCCUCCUCAAACAGCUCACACCUGGCUCUGCUGCGCCCCCAGCAGGACAGUUAUAGGUUUGUUGAUAGGUCCACCCACCAACUCAACCCCGGGUCCCACCAACACCAACUGCCUGGCCCCUCCAGUCCUCACACUCACCAUCCUGCGGUCUUAUCCCUAAAGACCAGCACACCCCUGAAUCAUCCCAGUCACACUCCUGUAGUAAACAUAGACCAACACCCAGGUUUUAGUGGUCAGAUCCAGAUGGUGUACUCUCCAUUAUACAAUAAUGGUACACAUAAAUCCACCAAGCAGACGAACUCCUGUCACCUGAUGGAGAUCCAAGAGUUUGAUGAUAGCCUUUCUCCAACAUUCACAACUCAGAAAAGACUAGACAUCUCCCAAAGAGCUCUGUCUGGGCUCACAGUAUAUGACCUGCAGGGUGCAUCACAGGAUCUGCUUGUUAACCCAGUGCCAGUGAUGUCAGAGGACGCUUAUUUACAUGUCAGUGCAGUGGACCGUUGCCCUAGCCAACUGUCCUGUAUCUACACUGAGGGGUCAGCAAAUCUACCUCUUUUCUAAAACAGAUACUCUGUAAUACAACUCGUACAACAACUAUAUUGUUCUUCAGCUACAUGUUCCUUGACAUUGACCUGAGUGUGAUGCCCAUCUUGGGUGAGAACUGUAGACAUGAGGGGACAUUUAGUAGCUUUAAUUAAAUAGGCAAAAUGAACAUGCCCACAUCACUUAUUAACUGAUAUUAGUCAAUGAACAUUGUUUUCAUCAUGGCAAGUCAUGAUAAUUCUGACAUCUUUAGAUGCUGUCUUCAUUCAAGUCAGUAUCAUCAGAUCUCAGAGUCUAAGCCCACAAUGAAAGUGCCUCCUAAAGAUUGUAUACUGAAAAAGAAUUGCAGUUCUGUGGAUGCCAAUGAUAUUGAGAUUUGGAGGAUGUUUUUAUGUUUACAUUAAUUGAAUGCAUUUGUACAGUUAUAUCAAAAUAUUGUCCCUUCUUUUAUGGAAUUAUUCUAUGUAAAUUCCAUAAGAAGCACAUUGAAGGCAUGUGUGUGUUGUUCUUUUUCAUAUGUGUGUUGUUCUUCGUAGCAUAUGUAUUCAUUUCAUGAAACAAUGUCCUUCGAUAAAUCAAAUAUAUUUUUGUGCGAAUAUGUUGAGGAAUCUGAUUUGAAUUGUUGUUUUUUAAUUUUAAAAAAUUAUGAUUGAGCCUAGAGAAUAUUUGAGGUUUUUGUAAGAAGGCAUGUCUAUCUACUGUUAUACA